AUGCUGCCCACCCCCUUCUCGGUGAAGGACAUCCUCAGCCUGGAGGGGCCGGGAGCUGCCGGUGGCCCCCGGGCCGCCCGCAGCCCCCAUGGAGAGGACGAGCCGCCUGCAGGAAAAUGUUUAACGCUCGCUCACCCUUUGGAGGCAGCCGAGACGAAAGCCGACCCCUGCCACCGCCCCAGACAGCGACAGCGGAGAAAACCCCGCGUUUUAUUCUCCCAGGCUCAGGUGUUUGAACUGGAGCGGCGAUUUAAACAACAAAAAUACCUCUCUGCUCCGGAAAGGGAGCACCUCGCCAGUGUGCUCAAGCUCACCUCCACGCAGGUGAAAAUCUGGUUCCAAAACCGCAGGUACAAGUGCAAGAGGCAGCGGCAGGACAAAUCCCUGGAGCUGGCUGCCCACCCGCUGCCCCCGCGGAGAGUGGCGGUGCCGGUGCUGGUCCGGGACGGCAAACCCUGCCUGGGGGGGUCCCAGCGUUACCCGCUCCCGUACAGCAUCACGGCCAGCCCUUACUCCUAUAGCUCCUACUACAGCAGCUAUUGCAGCAGCCCGUAUGGUGGUAGCUAUGCAGGGGGGUACACCGGGGUGCCCCCCAAUGCUGCACCCACCAGCCCGGCCGGGAAU